CCAAUCAGAUGGUUUAACGCGAGGAAAUCAAUCCAGUUCAAAUGUUUGCUGCUGCUGCUGCUGCUGCUGCUGCUGUUGCUGUCGGAGACAAUUGACUCCAGAUCUGUCGUCCAACGCCCAGUGUGUUAAGACAAACAACAGAACUUUGACGUUACAAAGAGUCCAAAUGGAGUCCAAAUGGUCCAGGUUCCUUGUUGGACUCUCAGUGUAUAUUAGUCGGAGCGAUGGCCGCGUUCAUCGAGCGACUGUGAAGUCUAUCGACACCGCCAAUUCCGCCAUACUGGCCGAGUGGCCCGGGAUAGAUAGCACUCAAGUCAAGCAGGUGGAGUUCAACAACCUUUGGGCACUCAAUCCAGAUCUGUGGGAUCACAUCCAAUCCACCAUGAACAAUUCUGAGGAAAAAUCCCACAAUCAACCUUCAGAACAUAAAUACGUGGGUCGACUGCGCUCAUCCAGGAUUCCGGCCCCGGCCUCAUUUACUGCCACACCAUCCGUGGACAAGACUGGAGGUGUUGGUCGCUCUCAGGUCAGAGAGACGAACCGGUUCCAGCCUCAAACUUCUGUCCCUGAGCAGUCUUCUGCAGGAGCUUCAGGAUCAAGCCCACUUGAACUUCCAACUAAGGCAGCCCUCACAAACUGUGGGACUUCGAAUGACCUGCGACGCAAAAGGGAGGCUAAACCAACCUCAUCUUUUGUCCACGAGGCCGUUAAGGAAAAUGUUGAAUCAUCAAAGAUUGUCCCUUCGAAAUCUUCAGGCCGAAGAAAGACUGUGGCUCCCCAGGAAGUCAACAAAGGCAACAAGAGACUAUCUGUUGUUGUCAAGCCUCCCGAACAGCAGACCAAGAAGGGCAAGUUCAAAGAGUCAUGCCGACCCAACCAGCAAUUCUAUGACAUGAUCCAAGACUUUCGAGAGACCAUGGAAACCAUCCACUUAUCCAUCACCGACGUGAUUGAGCCUCACAGGAUUUGCGUAUGCGUCCGCAAACGACCCCUCAGCAAGCAAGAGCUGAAUAAAAGGGAGAUCGAUGUGAUCUCGGUGCCUGGCAGAGGUGCUGUGCUGGUCCACGAGCCAAAACAGAAAGUGGACCUGACGAAGUACUUGGACACCCAGAUUUUCCAGUUUGACUAUUCUUUUGAUGAAACAUCCACCAAUGACUUGGUCUACGGGUUCACCGCAAAGCCUUUGGUGCAGUCCAUCUUCGAAGGGGGCAUGGCCACAUGUUUUGCCUACGGGCAGACGGGAAGCGGGAAAACUCACACCAUGGGUGGUGAUUUCACAGGGAAGCAGCAGAACUGCGCCAAGGGAAUCUACGCCUUAGCUGCCCAGGAUGUUUUUGCCUGCCUCAGUCAGAAGAGGUACGCCAGCCUCAACCUGUCUGCUUACGUCAGCUUCUUUGAGAUCUACAAUGGCAAAGUGUACGACCUGCUGAAUAAGAAGAACAUGCUCCGGGUGAUGCAGGAUGAGCAUCAACAGGUGCAGGUGGUGGGCCUGGAGGAGGUCUAUGUAGCCUCUGCACACGAUGUCAUUAAGAUGAUACAGCUGGGCAGUGCUUGCAGAACGUUUGGGCAGACGUCGGCCAACGCCUACUCCUCGCGCUCCCACGCCGUUCUGCAGAUCAUCCUAAGGCGCAACGACCGCGCCACCAGGCUGCACGGCAAGUUCUCCCUGGUUGACUUGGCGGGCAACGAGCGGGGCACGGACGUCAACAGCAACGACCGCGCCACCUUGGUGGAGACUGCCGAGAUCAACCGCAGCCUCCUGGCGCUGAAGGAGUGCAUCCGCUCGCUGGGCAUGAACAGCGAGCACAUUCCUUUCAGGAUGAGCACUUUAACCAAGGUCCUCCGAGAUUCCUUCAUCGGGGAAAAUUCUCGAACCUGCAUGAUCGCAAUGGUGUCACCUGGUAUGGCUUCUUGCGAAUACACGAUGAAUACGCUACGUUAUGCUGACAGAGUGAAAGAGCUGAAUGCGAAGUCUGCAGGCAGCGCAGAGGCCAAAACACAAAAGCCGGAAAUCUGCUCUUCAGAUGAGGAAACUUCUGUGGUCACAGUGUGUGAAGCCUUAAGUCAUGUGGCUAACCUGGAAGAAAAGGUCUACACGGAGCUGCAGAAUGUUCACGAGAAAGUGAAAGACCUGCUGAACUCCAUGGAGCAACCCUCGUAUGACAUUGAGGCAGCUCUCCCCACCCUACUGGACUUUUCUCAGUCCUCCAAGUUAACAGAACUAUUGAUGACAUUACAUACCGCUUUGGUGGACGAGAGGGCCCGACUCAAGCAUUGAGUCACAAAAUGAUAUUUACUAACAUUGUUUGUCCAUGAAAUACCCGUUAUUAUUUUGGUUUACUGGGUUAUUUGUGCAUUCUGUGAGCGCUGUACUGUUUUAAAUAAAAUAAAGCAUGAGGACUUAUUCAAUAAAAACAUUGUUUGACUUGUUA